AUGUCUAAUAGUCAAGCAUCUUCCAUUAAGACAAGGUCUCAGAUAAGUGGCUCUAAUAGGACAUCGAUCAGAGAAGCUGCCGCCAUUGCCCGCGCCAAAUCAGAAGCUGCAAAGGCAAAAGCCAGCUUCACAGAACAAGAGAUGCAGAUAAAGCUGGAGAAAGCGCAACUUGAAGCGACUCUAGAAAAACUUGCCGCAGAUAAAGAGACAGCAGCUGCCAUAGCGGAAGCAGAAUAUCUAGAAGCCACGGAACUUCAGGAAACCAAGAGUCAUCGCAGCAAUGUCCAUCCAGAAGUUGAAUACCAAGAUCCAGAACAGCGUACCUUACAAUACGUCUAUCAACAUUCAAAAUCAGACGACGACCCAGAUCCACAGAUUAAUACAAAGCGGUUUGUUGACAAGCCAAGCCAACCUGCUUAUUUGGAUCAUCAGAAAGUCGACUAUCAGUCUCCUUGCAGCAGACUAGAGAAUACACAUCAGAGUGAAACUGCCUACAACAACUUCUCUCCAGAACAGAGAAUCAGAAAUCUGCCCCUGCUAAGAGAGAUGCCCUUUGCUUCAGAACGGUAUUACACAGACCGGAUUAAACCAGAGACUUCCAACAGGUUCAGUCCAUAAAGAGUUCAGCUCCUAUCAAGAAGGAGACAAACCCAAAGACCUGACCAGACAAUGUCCCUUCACACGAAGCCUCAUUCUCUACUUCAGUGCAGAACCUUCAGAGAAAAGUCAUUGGAAGACCACAAGACCAUCCUCAAGGAGAACAACAUCUGUUUUAAAUGCUGCUCUUCAACUUCGCAUUUCGCCAGGGACUGUGAGGUUAGCGCAAAGUGUGCCGAAUGUGACAGCUCAAACCAUAACACAGCUCUACACCCUGGGCCACCAUCGUGGGCUUCAUCCAAAACCCAAGAGCAAAGCGGGGAGCUGAAGGACACAAAUACUGACACUUUGGCAGUUACUUCUAAAUGUACAGUGGUUUGCAGAGACCUCAGGGGAGGCAGAUCCUGCUCUAAAAUCUCCCUAGUGAGGG